CGGGGCCACAGUGCGCAGCCUUGCGGCGGGUCGGCGGCCAUGGCGGGCUGCUGCUCCGUGCUGGGGGCCUUCCUGUUCGAGUACGACACGCCGCGCAUCGUGCUCAUCCGCAGCCGUAAAGUGGGGCUCAUGAACCGGGCGGUGCAGCUGUUCAUCCUGGCCUACGUCAUCGGGUGGGUGUUUGUGUGGGAAAAGGGCUACCAGGAAGUGGACUCUGUGGUCAGCUCAGUUACUACCAAAGCCAAGGGCGUGGCUGUGACUAACACUUCUCAACUCGGAUUCCGGAUCUGGGAUGUGGCCGAUUACGUGAUUCCAGCUCAGGAGGAAAGCUCCCUCUUCAUCAUGACCAACAUCAUUGUCACCAUGAACCAGACCCAAGGCUUCUGCCCUGAGCUUCCAGAUAAGAAAAGUGUGUGUAAGUCAGACUCCAACUGUCCUGCUGGCUCUACCGACACCCACAGCAGUGGAGUUGCAACAGGAAGAUGCGUGCCCUACAACGGGACUCUGAAGACGUGUGAGGUGGCAGCCUGGUGCCCAGUGGAGGAUGACUCAAAUGUGCCAAAACCUGCCUUUUUAAAGGCUGCAGAAAACUUCACCCUUUUGGUUAAGAACAACAUCUGGUAUCCCAAAUUUAACUUCACCAAGAGAAACAUCCUCCCCAACAUCACCACUACCUACCUCAAGUCAUGCAUUUACAAUGCCGCAACAGAUCCGUUCUGCCCCAUCUUCCGUCUUGGCAAAAUAGUGGAGAAUGCAGGGCACAGCUUCCAGGACAUGGCUGUCGAGGGCGGCAUCAUGGGGAUCCAGAUCAAAUGGGACUGCAACCUGGACAGAGCCGCCUCCUUCUGCCUGCCCAGGUACUCCUUCCGCCGCCUGGACACUCGAGACCUGGACCACAAUGUGUCCCCCGGCUACAAUUUCAGGUUUGCCAAGUACUACAACGACCUCACUGGCACGGAGCACCGCACACUCAUCAAGGCCUACGGCAUCCGCUUCGACAUCAUCGUGUUCGGAAAGGCUGGGAAAUUUGACAUCAUCCCAACCAUGAUCAACAUUGGCUCCGGCUUGGCGCUCUUCGGGGUGGCAACCGUGCUGUGUGACGUCAUAGUCCUCUACUGCAUGAAGAAAAGAUACUACUACCGGGAGAAGAAGUACAAAUACGUGGAAGAGUAUGAGCAGGGUAUCAACAAUGAGAUGGACCAGUAAUGUCUACCCCACAUCUGGGCUCCCCACGGCACUCAUCAAAGCAAAGGAGAAAUCAAAGAGAAGGGAGAAAAGGCUUCCAUGGCACCCCAGGGAAAGUUCGAGAUUCUGAGUCAAUUUCCACUCCACACAAGUCCUUUAGGGUUGCCCAGCUGCUCCCGUUUUGUGUUGCAAGAUGUGCAUCGUUAACCACCCUGUUCUUGGCUGGGUCACCUUUGCUGACCCUUCAACUGGGGAUGCCCCAGGGCAGUGACGCUGCUGAAGCCACAGGGCUAGGGCCAUCUCCAGGGCCGGCUCUCUUCAGCUCUCCUGGGGCGCCCCCUGCAGGGAAGGUCCAGCGGUGCAGGUGCAAGGACGCGUGGCAUGCCCAACUGUGGGUCCUCUCCCCCUGCCAGACUUUGUCCGCGUAACCAUGAGGCGGAGUUAGUGUUUCUCUUUUGAGAAGAGGUAUGUUGAGAUGACUGAGGACCAAACAUUAAAACAAAUGAUUUUCUUAAUCUC